AUGGAUGAUCUUGAAGAAAAAAAUGAUAUAAAAUUCAAAAACAAGCUUAUAAAUAACAUGAAUAGUAAUAGGGAAGAAGAUGAGUCAGAGAAAACAUUCCAAUUCAAUGAAAAUAAACUAAAUUUAUCUCUUCAACAGCUAUCAAGUCAAAAUCAAGAAGAAAUAAGUAAUUCAAUUGAAAUUUUACAAUCAUACCUUACAGAAUACCCCGAAAAAUCAAUAAAUUAUUUUUCAAAUCUUCAUUUUCAGCAAUUAUUGAAUUUAAUAUCAAACCAAAUCGAUUAUUACAAUGCAUUAUUUGUAUUGUCACAGCUACAAUCUGCUACAGACAAAUUCACAUCUUUAUUUUUAAGCCAAGAAUUCAUAAAUUGCAUUGUUUCUAGUAUAGAUGGCUUUGAUGAUAGUGAUAUUGAUUUGUUACUGAACUUAUUCACAAACAUUCUCAUUGAUUAUCCAGAAUUUAUCAUAACUCUUAAAGAGACAAAUCUUUUCCAAAAACUAGCUUUCGAUUUGAUAUCAGAGUCCGAAGAAUACCAAAAAUUCAAUGCAAUUUUGCUUUUGAAUGAGAAUUUGGAAGUUUCUGAAUUUUUAACUUUAAUUCGGCGUCAAACUCCUAUUUUAGCAAGAAAUCUAGACAACAAUGAUACUCAAGAAUUUAAAUACGAUAUCCUCCUUACUAUAACUAAGAUAGCUUCUGAUUAUAAAUUUUUAGCUCCAAAACUUUGCGAUGCCGUUUCAGCAUACUUGACCAAUUCCGAUCCUCCACCAUUGCAAUUGAUCUAUAAGACACUAAUCAUCGCUUUUCAAAGGGAAGAAUUGAAAAUUGUAACAGUAAUUUUAGAUCUUUUCAAAAUUUACUCGAAUUUCAACUCUUCGAUUGCUAUUAUGCUUAGAAUAUAUGGAAUAUUUGAUGUUCUGCGUCCAAUGAUGACUUAUACUGACCAAGAAGUCGUAUCUCGCGCAAUUCUUUGUUUUGCUUCACAUUCUAUUGCUCAAUCAGAGUUAGCUCCAAAUACAUGGCAACUACUACAAGAAAUUGACUAUCAGAAGGUCUUUUCUGAAGGAAAUUUCCUUACAAAACAAGGAAUUAUCAGUUUAAUACUUCAAGCAAUGGAUUUAUUUGAUAACGAAACAAUAGAACAAGUUUUUGAUGAAUACUUUAUUGAGCAACUGGUUGAAUUCUCUCAAUCCGAGGAAAAUAAACAAAAUAUUUAUUUUAUCUUCGGAAAACUAUUGAAUUUAUCAGAAAACGCUAAACAUUACGUUGAUAUGCUUAAUGAUCUUAAUUUCAUGGAGAUUGCUGAAGAUGAUGCUUAUAAUAAUCAAAACGAAACAAUUUGCGAGAUUGCAUCAGAAUUUCUUAAUGAAUUCCAACGUAUAUCAGAUAUGUAA